AUAAUACCUAGCUCCAAAAACACCCAAAUGUUCCGGAAAACCUCCAAAACCUCUAAAAUAUCCAACACAAGACUAAACCACAGUUAGAUAAAAAAAUGACCCAAAAUUUAUGUUUCUAACAACAAGCCUCCCGAGCUGAACAUUGUUUAGCUCAAAAUUGACUUAUUAGUAAACAAGACAUAUUUCAAAUGAACUUUCCUAAUUGAACGUAGAGUUGUUUAUGAGCUCAAAACGAGUCAGAUCACAAGUUGAGCUCAACAAAUCAUCAAAUCAAACUGACUUGCGAACCUCACAAGUUGAACACGAUUUAACUCAAAUUUGACUCAUUAAUAAACGAUACAAGUUUCAAACAAGUUUUCAUAGUCGAAUGUGCUCAGGUUUGCAGCCCUACUCUACUCCUAACUACUUGUCGUGACAAAUUGGAGGGAAACCAAACUGAUGACUUAUCUGUCCCUAGCAUUUUCAGGGCAUCGGGAGUGUUAUUGCUGAAGAAGAUCGACGAUCGGGGAAAUCAGCUGAUGCCAAGUUCUCUGUCUAUUAUACCUUCCUCGGCCUUCGGCUAAGAUGUCAAUUGAAGUUCUCCGUUAUUCACCUUUGUCCCCGCCGCGCCCAUUUCAUUAUUUUUCAGUGGAGACGGAAUUCUUGUCCGAGGAUUCUGCACAAAGAAUUCUUUGGGAUGAACCAGUUGAAGCAACUUCAUGCUCAUACCCUGAGGAAAGGCAUUGACCAGGGAGCCCUGAUCGGUGAACUCCUUCAAGUACCCAACAUUCUUUACGCCCAGAAGGUGUUCGACCAAAUUCCCAAACCACACGUUUUCCUCUACAACAAGCUCAUUCAAGCUUACUCUUCCCACAAGGAACCCCACAGAUGCCUUCAUUUAUUCUCUCAAAUGUGCCGCACGCGUUGCAGGCCAAAUGAACACACUUUCACUUUCCUUUUCGCAGCCUGUGCUUCCUUUUCUUCUCCCAUCGGCGGUCAAGUUGUACAUGGCUGCUUCGUGAAAUCUGGGUUUGCCUCUGAUUUCAUUGCCUCCACUGCUUUAGUUGAUGCGUAUGCAAAGUUGAGAUCGAUAGGAUCUGCACGCCGACUGUUCGAUGAAAUGCCUGUGAGAGACAUUCCCACUUGGAAUUCUCUGAUUGCAGGGUAUGGGAGGUGUGGGGACAUGAAUGCAGCGCUGGAGAUUUUUAAAUCGAUGCCUCGAAAGAGUGUGGUGUCCUGGACUGCCAUGAUAUCUGGGUACUCUCAGAAUGGAUUGUACUCCAAUGCAUUGGAAUUCUUUUUGAAGAUGGAGGAGGAGGAGGAUGUGAAACCAAAUGAAGUAACUAUUGCCAGUGUACUACCUGCUUGUGCAAAUCUAGGAGCUCUAGAAGUUGGGGAGAGAAUUGAUGCUUAUGCUAGGGCAAAUGGGUUGUUCAAAAACUCGUAUGUCAGCAAUGCUUUGUUGGAGAUGUACUCAAAGUGUGGUAAAAUUAGUAUAGCAAGGGAUUUGUUUCAUGAAAUGGGGAAGAGGAGAAAUCUCUGUUCCUGGAACUCAAUGAUCAUGGGCUUGGCCGUCCAUGGUAGUAGCAAUGAAGUUCUUGGGCUUUAUGAUGAAAUGCUGAAAGAAGGAACUGCUGCACCUGAUGAUGUGACAUUUGUCGGACUUCUACUCGCCUGCACUCAUGGAGGCAGAGUUGCUAGAGGCAGGCAACUCUUUCAGUCAAUGGAGAUGGAUUUUGGCAUCUCCCCCAAAUUGGAACAUUACGGCUGUAUGGUUGAUCUCCUCGGCCGUGCUGGAGAGUUGAAAGAAGCUUAUGAUCUCGUCAAGCGAAUGCCUAUGAAACCAGAUUCUGUAAUAUGGGGAGCACUUCUAGGUGCUUGCAGUUUUCAUAACAAGAACGUCGAGCUGGCAGAAGUAUCCGCUGAAGCUCUCUUCGAACUUGAGCCAUGGAACCCAGGUAACUACGUUAUUCUCUCCAACAUUUAUGCAUCAGCAGGGCGCUGGGAUGGGGUAGCGAAGCUCAGAAAGCUUAUGAAAGGUGGCCAAAUCACAAAAGCAGCAGGGUAUAGUUUCAUCGAAGUAACAGGCAGAGUUCACAAGUUUUUGGUUGAAGAUGCAUCACAUCCUACAAGUGAUGAGAUAUACAGUAUUCUGAAGGCAAUUUAUUCCGCGAUGGAAAAACAUAAGGAUGCGUGUGAUUUUGUUUCUGAACUUGAAGAGUUAUGCUCAAUGGAAUAGUCUUUAUUACAAACUCAUCAACUGUUUUUUUUAAUAUUAAUUAUUAGGCUAACAUUUCCCGCAUUCCUUUUAUUAGUCUUCUCAGUGUGAAUUCUUGUAGAUCGUGGCCUAGCCAGCUUACUAAUUAUGUGCAUAUCAGGAUGAAGUGUAGGCUAAUAGUGCUUCUUUUAACUCUUAGGUUCACCAAUAUGUGUGAAACUUGUCACAUAACAAGUCAAUACUCUUUCAAGUUUAUAGACGUCGUUCCAGGUUGAACGUGUUGACUCCACCACGGCAUAUUGAAAAUUGCAUUGUAGUGCAUAAUGCUUGAUGCAAACUUGUGCAGCUUGUUUGAAAUGAAAGAUAUGACCUUUAUAGAAUUCGCCUUCGAAACCAACACCAACAUGAAUUGGAAUGAUGCCAUAUGGUUCCACAAAUGAUAACUCGUCGUCAUCUUCAUUUCGGAUUAUUAUACUCUUCUUCUUCCUCCUUCUCCUCCUCUUCCUCUUCAUGAUCGUGGUCGUCCAAAUUAACGGUCAAAACAUGUAUCAGGCCAAAUUAGUCUAUAUGAUAUAUAGUUGAGACUAUGAUAACAAUUUCUAAAAUCACGAGCCAAAGUUGACUAUUUGGGUAUAGUUCGGGCCAAUUUAAGGUAUUAACCCUUUUAAAAUUUAGUACCCAUUAUAUCCCGAUUUUUAUUUCGGAACGAUACUAUGAUUAUAAAGCUACAUUAUUUUUAUAAAAAAAAUAAAUUUUUAUUCUUCAAACGAUAUUUUACCGGUAUCAAACGGUUGAACCGCGGUCAUACCACAAAUUACCCUACAAAAGACGAGUAUGGUAUGACUUCUGCUACAGUUUCACAAACCAUGUUUAAAAUAAAAUGAAAUCGGACCUGUUUUUCUGCCACCUAUAUUACUGGAAACCAAAUAAGAUUGGAUGCAAUAUGGAUUUUGAUUACAACCAGACUCAUUUAUAUCAGUUUUCAAUUUGAUCGGAAAAUUGAAAUCGAAUUCCCAACCUUAAUCUCUAUUAUCCUGCACACAACUAUUCUAUAUUAUAUAUAUAUACAUAUAUGGUGCCUUCUACGGUACCCGAGUGAAAUCCGGGGUACCGUAUACCUUGAGUAUGAAAACGCUAUCUAAACCUCGAAUUAGUAGGAUUUUUGGGCAUGAUACUAUACCCUAACACCCUUAAUGAGUGAACCCUAGGUCCUAAUUAUCCAAAUCAUAAACUAUAAACCCUAAGAUGGUGCAUUGAUUUUUUUGCCUAUAUUUGGACGAAUCAUAACUGUCGAUUAUUGUUUCUAAUUAAAUUGAUCUUGGGGUAUAAGAUUUUGAGAAUUAAGGCCUAGAUUUUGA